GCCCUUCCCUUGGCACGUGGGGGAGAGAAGGAAAGGAAGAGGGAGACGGGCUAGCCUGGCUGAGGGGAAGGUAUUUGCUUCUGGUACAGGUCAGAAUCCACAAAACCAGCAUGAUGAAGGCAGACGUUGAGCGGCUGCUGAUCCAGUUCCAAGAUGAGGCAGGCACGAUUCUGGGGUCCCCUUUCGACGUGCCCAUCGACAUCACACCUGAAAAACUGCAGCUGGUUUGCAAUGCCCUCCUGGACCAGGAGGAACCUGUCCCUUUGGCCUUCUAUGUGCAAGACUCAGAAAUCGUUGCUUCCCUGGAGAAGACGCUGGCCGAACAGGUGCUGGAGACCGAGAAGGUGGUGGAGAUCAUCUACCAGCCCCAGGCUCUGUUCAAGGUGCGGGCCGUCACUCGCUGCACCAGCUCUCUGGAGGGCCACAGUGAGGCUGUCAUCUCGGUCGCCUUCAGCCCCACUGGGAAGUACCUGGCCAGCGGCUCCGGUGACACGACCGUACGCUUCUGGGAUCUCAGCACAGAGACCCCGCACUUCACAGCCAAGGGUCACCGCCACUGGGUUCUCAGCAUUGCCUGGUCACCUGAUGGCAAGAAACUGGCAUCCGGAUGCAAGAACAGCCAGAUAUUCCUCUGGGACCCUGCCACAGGGAGCCAGAUCGGCCGGGCGCUGGUAGGGCACUCCAGGUGGAUCACUUCCUUGUGCUGGGAGCCGCUCCAUUUGAACUCAGAAUGUCGCUACCUGGCCAGCUCCUCCAAAGAUGGGAGCGUUCGCAUCUGGGACACAGUCGUGGGACGCUGUGACAAGAUCCUGACUGGCCACACACAGUCGGUGACCUGCAUCAAGUGGGGUGGAGACGGCUUGCUGUUCUCCGCCUCCCAGGACCGGACCAUCAAAGUCUGGCGGGCCAAAGACGGCGUUCUCUGCCGCACCCUCCAGGGUCACGGGCACUGGGUGAACACCAUGGCUCUCAGCACAGAUUACGCUCUCCGCACUGGGGCUUUUGAGCCAGCCGAGGCCUCCAUCAACCCCCAGGAUGUUAGCGGAUCCUUGGCAGAGAUAAAGGAGAAAGCUCUACACAGGUAUAAUCAGGUCAGGGGCCAAGGUCCGGAAAGACUGGUCUCAGGGUCAGACGACUUCACCUUGUUCCUCUGGGCCCCCGCAGAGGAUAAGAAGGCUCUGCAGAGGAUGACAGGCCAUCAGGCGCUGAUCAACCAAGUUCUCUUUUCACCGGACACCCGCAUCAUUGCCAGCGCAUCCUUCGACAAGUCCAUCAAGCUGUGGGACGGGAAGACUGGAAAAUUCUUGACCUCCCUACGAGGCCACGUCUCCGCGGUCUACCAGAUUGCCUGGUCAGCUGACAGCCGCCUCCUGGUCAGCGGGAGCAGUGACAGCACCCUCAAAGUAUGGGACACCAAGACCCGGAAGCUGGCCAUUGAUCUGCCCGGCCACGCAGAUGAGGUAUAUGCAGUGGAUUGGAGUCCUGAUGGUCAGCGAGUGGCCAGUGGAGGCAAAGAUAAAUGCCUGAGGAUCUGGAGGAGAUAGCUGACCCACAAGAUUGCUGAGACGUGACUGAUUCGUUCUUUCGCUUGCCAUGCGCCACUCGGACCCAACCACGUUCCUUUUUCAUGAAGAAGGGCUUGAAAAGAACUAAAGACCUUUUCCUGUAUCCCAACCAAGGAGAAAUCGUCCACCUUUGAGAGCACACUGCAACCGGUUUCAGAGGGAGGGUACUUUUGCUGUGGCCUUUUGCGAAUCUUGCAGUUCCACAUCCAGAUACAGAACCCUCCCCUUUUGUCUGUGUUACCUGCCCAGCUGCAGUAUAACAACUGAGAGCAGUGAGAACGUCCCUCAUUCAAAUCUUGCCUGGCUUGUUCAUUUACAAAGUGAAUUAGGCAAGGCCCAGAGCUAUCCACCUGGGCCCUCUCGCCGUACUGUGAAGAUAAUGUGGGCUUCUCUUGCUGGGUGCUUCUAAAAGCUGCAAAGAGAAUGGAUGUGGAAGGGCUUUGAGUAUUCAGAGUCCUGUAAAAAGCUGAUCCUCCCCAGUGGGAGUGGUCCAAGGCGAAGAAACAGCACUCUGUGUCUGCUCAGAGACUUGCAUUCUAGCACAGAUAAAGCCCUGGGGGCUUUUCCCCCUCCUUUUCCGGUUGGUGCCUGCGUAGAGAAGACCAAGUCGCCCUGACCAGAAGAACAUCCUCGUCUGACCCUCCUGAUCGACAGGAGAAGAGAGCUCUCCCUUUCUUUCUCUUCCAUUUUAAACAAAAAGCAGCCUGGUUAGCUGGCUCAGGGGAGUUAUUGAAGCUGGCAUUUACGGAAAGCACCUGCUAAGAUUUACCGGUUUUGCCAAGGCCGUUUAGGAUAACCUUUGACUCAGACCGGAAGUCAUGUGGUACUGCAUCUUGGUAGCAACCCCAGUCAGCCACCCCCACCCCAGACCUUCUGCCCCAUUUCUGGCCUUCUGAGGUAGAGUGCCUCAGUACACGGAGGGUCCGUUUAGCUACGCAAAUAUUUAUCUGAUCCCUUCCAGCGAGAUGACGGAUGGGCUAUUGAUUCAGAUUGAGAAGUCCCCGGCUUCGGAUCUCCAUUAACUGACCAGCACUGGAGUAACCUUAGAAAAGUUGCCUCCACUUCUCAGUAGAAGCAAGAGAGACAGUCUGUCUGGCUAAAAAGUAGGCCCCUGCCUGAAGGACUGGACCAUCUAGUGCUCCUCAGUCUUUUCCCUCUGGGUUCAGAGUCAAGGGCACCAAUUUUUCAUGACAUAUCAUUUCUCCUUAAGUGAAUAAUAAAAUAUAAAUAUUUUAAAA